AUGGAGCGGGCGCUGGGGCUGCCCGCCGAAGAGGACCUCUUCCACAAGAGCCUGGCCGCCUCGGCCAAGCGCAUGGAGUCCGCCUUCCGCUCGCCCCCGGGGCUCGACCUGUCGCACCCCCGCGACCGCCAGCCCUCGCCGCUCGCCUGCUACGAGGCGGCCGAGCCCGAGGCGCUGCUGCAGCCCGGCGGAGGAGGAGGCGGCGGCGGUGGAGGCGGCGGCGGGGGGGACCCGCUGGGGCUGCCGCCGGGCUCCGUGUGCGUCAAGUACGGCGAGAGCGCCAGCCGCAGCUCGGUGGCCGAGAGCAGCGGCGGCGAGCAGAGCCCCGACGACGACAGCGACGGCCGCUGCGAGCUGCUGCUGCGCGGCCCCGGGGGGGACCCCCGCGACGCCUCGCCGGCGGUCGGCGGCGGCGGGGGCAGCGGCGGCGGCGGCGGCGGCGGUGUGGGGCCGAAGGCGGCCGAGGGGGGCUGCUCCAACAGCCACGGGCACGGCGGCAGCAAGAAGUCCAAGGAGCAGAAGGCGCUGCGCCUCAACAUCAACGCGCGGGAGCGGCGGCGGAUGCACGACCUGAACGACGCGCUGGACGAGCUGCGGGCCGUCAUCCCCUACGCGCACAGCCCCUCGGUGCGGAAGCUGUCCAAGAUCGCCACGCUGCUCCUGGCCAAGAACUACAUCCUCAUGCAGGCGCAGGCCCUGGAGGAGAUGCGGCGCCUCGUGGCUUAUCUCAACCAGGGCCAGGCCAUCUCCGCCGCCUCCCUGCCCAGCUCCGCCGCGGCGGCGGCGGCGGCGGCGGCCGCGCUGCACCCCGCCCUCGGCGCCUACGAGCAGGCGGCCGGCUACCCCUUCAGCGCCGGGCUGCCCCCCGCCACCUCCUGCCCGGAGAAAUGUGCCAUUUUCAACAGCGUCUCCUCCAGCCUCUGCAAACAGUGCACGGAGAAGCCUUAA